AUGUCCCUUCUGACACGCAUCUCGGUGCCUGCUCCUCCCGCCCCAGAAGCCGAAGACAUUUUUUCAUCUGCGCUGACCACAAUUUUCACCGAUGAUGCCAUCAAUUCCUGGGGCUCCCCGGGCGCGCAUAUCACUUACCGCUCCCCUCGCUUCGGCCCUCUGACUCUACAGAUACCUGUGCAUCCGGACGAAGAACAGGGCCGGACAUUAUUCGCGCACUAUCUCUGGAACGCUGGAGUCGUUGCUGCAGAUGCCAUCGAAGAGGCAAGCGCGGGCGGCCAAGGGGAGCCCACGAGCAUCGACCAACAUGACGAUGAUCCAGAGCGGAUAGUCUGGGACAAAAGGUACUGGAGCGUUCGCGGCAAAAGAACACUCGAGAUCGGCGCCGCAACGGCACUACCAUCCCUCAUUGCAGCCCUGGUGGAUGCCCUUUCUGUUACAAUCACGGAUCAUCCAUCCUCCCCAGCCCUGACCAACGAUGCCAUCGUGCACAACGUUCGUGAGAACCUCUACCUCCACCCUGCAUUCGAGAGCAUCCCGCCCCACAACCCGCAGCCUCGCACAGCAGCCUGUGAGUCCAUCCUAGUAUACGGCUACACGUGGGGAACUUCCACAUUCUAUCAGCCCGCCGAAUACGGGAAGCCUGCAAGUCCGCCUCUCGCCUCGGAUUUGCCACCAGCUACCUCCGUGACCGAAAAGGGCUAUCCGCGCCCAGACAAAAUCAUCGUGGCCGACUGCCUAUGGAUGCCCAGCCAGCACGUAAACAUCUUGCGCACCAUCCUCCAUUUUCUGCCUCAAGGCAUCUCAAAAGACACAGACGAAAUGAACUCCGUCCCUUGUGCGCUGGUGGUAGCGGGCUUCCACACGGGCAGAGCCAUAGUGCGAAACUUCUUCGACCUCGCCGUAGGCCACAGCAUGUCAUCACCCCACAGCGACGACAUCGACGAGCAGCGACCACAACCACAGCCUUACAGCCACCUCACCGCCGAGGAGCGUGCCUGCGUCGGUAAGCUCCGGCUCGCGAGGAUCUUCGAGAUGGACAUGGACAAGCGGCGGCGCGACUGGGUCUGGGCAAGCGAGCGAAAGGGCGAGGGCAAGUGGGAGGCGAAGCGGUGGUGUGUGGUCGGCGUGCUUGUCAGGCGGUGA